AAAAUUACUAUGAGAACACGUUUUCACAAGAAUACGUCUAUUUAUAUUACAUUUUCACUUCCUUUUGCUUCCCUGAGCGCUGCACACCAGCAAUCUCCAGCACUGCCUAGCUUAGGCUAGCCCCUCAGUGCGACACAGUGCGACAAUUAGUCAGGUGCACGUGACCUGUGACAGUAACUUAUCUAGCGCUCAUCUUGGCUCAGAAAAAUAUAACAUCAAUCUUCUUCACCUCAAUCAAUUUAAGCAUUUUCUACUGUCUAUCGUUGUAGGCUGAGCUAUUCAGCAACUUCCAAAAAGCAUAGCACUCAAUGCAGCGCUAGUGCAACAAAGGUCCCACCUUCAGGCAAAUAUUCUUGCAUCACGAAGUCAAGUCAACGGGCCAUGAGAUAUGCCGCGAAGUACUGAAUUCAUCAUAUCUGCCGGCUCUGGCAUCCGAUUACUGGAGCACCAAGAUCUAGAGAUUGGGGCAGUGGACAAAGACCUGAGCCCAGCCGAUCACAACCAGGUCGAUAAAAACCAGAAGAGCCAGGGUGUAGAUGACGACCGGAAUGGAGAUAAAGACAGCAGAGAUAGUCGAAGUCAAAGCACAGAUGACCAGAAUGAACAUGGUCAGAUCAAAUACUACAGCCAGACGGAGAGUGUAGACAAUAACAAGCAAUUUAUUAGUCUACCAGUUGGAAUGAAUGGAGUGGCGCCGACACCCUGUGGAUUUUGUAAAAAUAUACGUGAAAAGAUUAACACAUACUUUGAAAGUCGCAAAGAUAGACUUCGAAAAUAUCAGUCUGUAAACCUAACCCCUGGAGAAUUCUUUGGGAACACCACAUUUGCCUCCAGUUUGCAGUGGUCAUUUAAAGCACUGGCUGACGACGCUGCGAAUCUCCUUAAUCGCGAACGGGCCCCAUUUCACAAGAUCAAUCUUACAUCCCAUCUACAAGAACUUUUGGCGAAGUCGAAAAUUUCAGAAUGCAAUUUUCGGAAGUCGAUGCUGCAAGAAUUAUAUCCAGGAUUCAAGGACAUGACACGCAAGGAAAGAAAUCCACUCUAUCGAAAAUUUGAGAGAUCCGUUGAACAAGGGAAAGCCCUCUUCUUGAUCUCAUCGCAAAAUCCCGGGAUUUUACUGACGAUUGCAGGAUGUUUAUCAAGAGAAGAGCUACGACAUCUAUCAAAAGAUUGGAAAACUUGUGCCUACCAGUUUCCCUGGUUGAGUUCAGAAAUACUCCAAUUUUCCAAACAGUAUGAGGGAGUGGUACGGAAUAUCCUUGUAUAUAUGCAGUGUGCGUUUAUACCUGGAGGCUCUAAGGGAAGGGCAUCUGCAAACCGUGGAGAAUGUGGUCAUAAAAGACUACGAUUGGAUUUUCCUCAAGUUCCCAACGAACCGACGACUACGACACUCCCGGAGUGGUUACCUUCCAAUGUCUGCGAAGCAGCUGAAAGCGAUAGCAUCAAUUCAACGCCACCAAUGAUGCAGACCCAACGAGCUCCAGCUUUAUCUAUUGUACCACUCGCCAUCAAUGAUCUUAAUUGUAAUGGAGGCCAAAGAUUCAUCAUGGAAUACUCCGGACCAACUCCUUCCCUGGCUCUGUCGACCACUGAGUAUCUGUUCCAUAUAAUCAAAAUAUAUGUCGGAAAUACUUGCCGGAACAUGAAAUUCAAUGACCAUGGAACCCUCCUCAAUUCAAAUGGGUCCGAAUUACGGAAUGAUCUAUGUGAUAACUUCGACUCUUACUGCUUUACUGCUACCAUACUGGCGAGCAGAGCAUUGUACGUCGGGUUUCGCGCCACACUUUCCAAGGCCUUUGCCCUUGUCGAGGAAAUUCUUCAAGCCGAGCAUCCUCGAACCCUAACCUGCUUUCUUGAAGUGCUGAUCCACCUCAUACAAACCGGGCACUACGAUGUGAGCUUAAUGCUCCGUGACUAUAUCAAAAAUAUGUCCGCAAAAGUCACUAGAAAGGGGAGCCAUUGGGGCGAAAUAUGUCGACUUCUGGGGAAAUUAGACUCAGAUUCCGUUGACCAGGCUAUGGCAAAGGUUUGGGAAUGCACUGUUGACAGUUUCGAUAGCAAUCUCGAACCACUAAGUCGACUCGCUGUAUCUAUUCGCCUUGAUUACAUAAAACGCGUGUACGGGGCCACAAAUUGUGCUGUAGAAGAACAGCUUCUUCGAAGUCUCCUUGCGAAAUUCAAAGGCUCUCCUAAAGUCCCGACUCCACGGGUGAUGCUCAACCUGGCGCAUAAUCUGAACAGACAGGGGCGCUAUGUCGAAUCGGAGAAGAUGGCGCUGGAUGUCCUGUCGCUGCUGAAGGGACAUGAAAUAUAUACUAAAAGAAAUGUCGAGAGAAUAGAAUGUAUGAAAAUUAUUUCUCACAGUCAAUUUUAUCAAGGGAAGAUCCUGGAUGCAGAGAAUACUAUGCGACUUGCGAUAUGCAUGGUUGAAUAUUAUUUGGGGGAACAACACUCUUGGGUCCUUGAAUUCAAGAAUGUUCUGGAGGGUUGGCUUCGACAGGCAGGCCGUCGGGAGGAGGCCAAUAUACUACGGAGAGAGUUACAAGAGUUGACGGGAGAAGAUGAAAUUGACAAGCGGCUUGACAGAGUAUGAGGUCGGCUUUGGUAGAACAACAUCAGAGAGACCCGGAACCUAAACAACUAAGUUUAAGGCAGUCUCCAUAUACUACUUUUUCCCAUGAGAUAUCAACUUCAACUGCCUACAUACCAACUGCCUUCAUUUUCUUCUCUUGGAGUAUCAAUCACCA